AUGGCCUGUCACUAUGAUUGCAUUGUGGUUGGAGCAGGUGUGGAAGGUUCUGCAGCCGGCUAUCAGCUGACGAAAAUCGGUUGCAAGACACUGCUGCUCGAACAGUUCAAGCUCGGACACAACAAGGGCAGCUCCCAUGGUCACUCCCGCAUCACUCGCUACGCGUAUCAGCAGAAACAUUACGCUGACAUGAUGCUGGAGUGCUUCCAGGCGUGGGAACGGCUGGAACGAGAAACGGGUACCACUCUUUACAGAAACGUUGGCUUACUGUCUGUAAAUGAACCACCUUACCGAGACUAUGCGCGUCGCAGCAAGCUCCUGAAAGCC